AUGAAUAGAAAUAGAUUUGAAAAUAUUUUUUUAUCAUUUACUUUAAAACUUUAUUUAGGUAGAAAUUCUUUAACUGAUCUGCUCAAGAAUCAAAUUUCAUCACUGUUUAUCAAUUUGAGUGAUGAAAACUAUUUGUCUGGAGUAGGAUAUAUGUGUUCAAUUAUAUUAGUAGGAAUUUUCGAUACAUGUACUAAUUUACAAUGCUUAAAAAUCAAUCCAUCUUCAUCUUUUCUUAAUGCUUUAAUUAUUUAUAUGAUAGAUAGAACUAUUUGUUCAACAUUAUUAGAAUUACAUGUCACUGUGAGAGAUAUGAAUGACUGUUUUUGUAUACUUGAUGGACGUUUUGAUCAACUUCGUAUACUUUAUGUUACUUGUUAUGGUGCUCUGCGCGGAUUUUUGCAAACUGAACAUAAGCAAAAACUACCAAACUUACGGAUUUUCUCUUUAUGCUGCGAGAAGGAAAUACAUAGUUAUGAUGAAUCAAUUGUGCCACUUCUACAUCGAAUGUUAAAUUUAGAAGAACUUGAUUUAAAUAUUACAGUUAAUUGUUAUGAAAAAUUUAUUGAUGGUGAUACAUUGAAGAGAGAUAUUAUUGUUUAUAUGCUACAAUUAUAUAAAUUCACAUUUAAUAUAUGUUCAAUCAUUAAUCAUCGUAAUCAAACUAAUUUUCCAUUAAAUGAACAUAUUAAGAAUACAUUUAAAAAUAUUUCUAAUAAUCAAAUAAUUACUUCUAUUGAUCAUUUUCAAGAAAAAAGAUAUAGUCAAUGUCAUAUUUAUUCAUAUCCAUAUAAAUGGAAAAUUUACAAUAACCUAACAAAUAAUUUUCGAGGUGGAUUAUUUACCAGUGUUACUCAAGUAUCAUUAUAUGAUGAACAUCCAUUUGAAUAUGAACUUUUUCUUCGAAUUCAAAUAUCAUUUCCAUUUAUGAAAGAAUUAACAAUAAAAAAUCAAAAAGCACAAAAAUAUAAACAAUUUAUAAAAUCAAACAACAAUAAUCAAAUAUUACCAAUUAUUGAAUAUUUCAAUCUUACUCGACUUGAUCUUAAUAAAACUCAUGAUGAUUAUCUCGAACUAUUUUUAUUUGAUAUGAAUAUGUCUUUGCCAAUUAAUCUUCAUCUUUUGGUCAAUUAUGAAUCACUCGAAAGAGUGACAUACUAUUUUACAAGAUAUAUAACACGAAAUAAUUGUACAAAACUUGCUGCUCUAUAUUGUAAUCCAGUGAAUCAAAUCGAUGAACAUAUCAAAAACUAUUUUCCUUAUACAUGUAUACGUCGUACUUAUGACUAUUAG